AUGGACUUCGGCAGAUACAUUGAAACCAUGGCCAAAAAUACAGCAAGGAAAUUUGGCAUUCCUUCCAGGUUAGCAGUCGUCACUGCUCUAGCGGUCGCUCAGCACGACGAAAAACCGAUAGUGAAAAUCGCACAUGGAGUUGUGCAAGGAACUUGGAAGAUUUCUGCCAGCGGAAGGACCUAUGGAAGCUUCGAGGGUGUCCCGUACGCAUCGCCACCGUUGGGGAAAUAUAGAUUCAGGGAACCUCAAGCUUUGGAGUCAUGGCCAGGCUUGUGGGACGCUUCUCGACCUUCAGAACCUUGCCUGCAGUACAAUCCAUUGAUAGAGAAAGUCAUCGGUAGUGAAGACUGUCUUCGUGUAAACGUAUACUCUCCCAAGCCGUACAAAGGAGCCGAUCUGCCUGUUGUGAUGUACAUCCACGGAGGAGCCUUUAUGUAUGGUGCAGGCGAUGUCUACAAUCCUGUAUAUAUCAUGGAUAGGGAUCUAGUUGUAGUCACACUCAACUAUCGAUUGGGACCUCUGGGAUUCCUAAGCACAGGUGAUGAAGUAGUCCCCGGCAACGCAGGACUGAAAGACCAAUCGAUGGCUUUGCACUGGAUCCAGGACAAUAUCCUCAUGUUCGGAGGCAACCCUGACAGUGUCACGAUCACUGGUGGUUCCGCUGGAGGAGCUAGCGUGAAUUAUCAUUAUUUGUCGCCAAUGUCUAAAGGUUUGUUCGCCCGAGGCAUCGCCUUCAGUGGCUCGGCGUUCACCCCAUGGGCUCUCCAGAUCAAGCCUGCUGAGAAGGCUAAGGCACUAGCGGCAGCCGUCGAAUGCCCUACGGUGAAUCAUAAGGAUUUAGUCGAUUGUAUGAGAGAUUGCAACGCGGAUUUGCUUGUAGCUGCACAGGCUGAGUUAAUGGACUGGAAAGUACACAUGUUCACCCCGUUCACACCCACCGUUGAAGCGCCACAAGUGAAAAAGCCUUUCCUGAUCAAGUACCCGUACCACGCAGCGCAAGAUGGAGACAUGUACAAUGUGCCUCUUAUUACAUCUGUCACUUCGGAAGAGGGAUUAUACCCUGCUGCUAUGUACCAGAGGGAUCCUGAGCUCCUGCAAGAGCUGGAACAUUACUGGGAGGAACUGUCCAGUAACAUCUUUGAAUACAACGACACUUUGCCUCUGGAGCGUAGACCUGAGGUUGCUGCAAGGAUCAAGCAGAAGUACUUGGCAGGCAAGCCUGUCGGACAGGAAACUUUCCCGCAACUUGUUCAGGCCCUCGGUGACCGUCUAUUCGUAGUGGACGUAGGCAAAUUAGCUCAAGUACACGCGGCGAAAUCAGGACAACCGGUGUACGUCUACCGAUACUCAUUUCGUGGAGACAUCAGCCUGAGCUACAUUAUGGCAUUGACCAAGAGGAAUUACGGAGUGAGCCAUGCUGACGAUGUGCUCCACAUUUUCGAGCAGUUGGGACUCACCUCCAACUUUCGGCAGGACAAGCUGAUGACUGAAGCCUUCCUUGACAUGGUCGAUAGCUACGCGAACACUGGAAUACCAAAACUGGGCAAUACACCGUGGUUGCCCGUAGUUCCUGGAUCAGCAAAGAUCAACUACUUGGAGAUUACGUCUCCCGGAGUUAUGGAAAUGAAAAAUAGCUCCGACUUCGGACAUCGCUCCUUCUGGAACAGUCUGGGCUUUAUAGAGAAUGAAAAUCAUCCAGAUCAUUUUACGGACGAACACUAUUCUUAUUAAAUAACCUUAAGAUUGUCUUAACUGUCAUUAAUUGGAAGUCAAUAACACUAUGACACUAAAUUACAGGGUUGACAAAGCUAUAUUGCUAAUAAUAUUGUGUACUUCCGUGGUAGUAUUGCCAGGACCCUUAAGUUGAAAAUUACAUUUCGUUACGUGAAAUGUUGCAAAAGUUACAUUUUACUAGUUCGUUUUUUUAAUUAACCCUUUGACCGCCGUGGACGCUUUAAAGCGUCUUACGUUAACUUUGUUGAUACGCCAAUGACGCAGAAAAGGGUCAAUAAAACCCUUUCAAUUGGAAUUGAUAAAUAAAUGUUAAGACGUUCCUUGUGUUAUUUGUAUAUUCUAGUUAAGUAUGGAUUCAUAGUUGCAUUUUAUGUUCAAUUAAGUAUGUUCUUCUUUGACUUUUUAAUUGCACCGACUGCAGAGCUGAGCCGUUCUGAUAACUUAUUUAUUUGUGGAUCCCAUUGAAAUUUAGCAUCUACAGUUACACAUGAUAAUACAACUGCAUCUACAAGGUUUAUUCUUUCAUGACAUUUGUGGUCGCCUGUCUAACGUUGUUGUUGUUGGGCAAUGUAAAUUUCACACAUAUUCCUUUUCUGCCAUUGACGAGCAGGUUAUUAAAUGCAAAGCAAUCUAUCUGCCUUAGGAGUACUGUUUACAUUGUCAUCGGAACACAUAUGCCUUGUAACUGUAAAUAAUAAGAAAGUAACAUCAGCAAAACAGUACUAUCUCAUGUUGUAUACCCUCAAUGAGACUAGGUGAGUCAUUAAUAUAAACUAAAAAUAAAAAUGGACAUAGAAUUGAACCUUGAGGGACGCACAUGCCAAUUACAGACCCUGAAGAUCUCGUCUCUGUACCCUAUCAUAUUAUUAUGUACCUAUGUAAUUUAGUACUAUAUUAU